UUGAGAAUAAAAGGAGUCACCCCUCUCGGGUGCUGCAUUAGGGAAAAGCUGAACUGAUAGUAGAAGGAAUGAGUAGUGGGAAAGAAACAGAGGCUUAUUGUCAAGUUGCUGCAUGAUUGGGGAAAAAAACAGUGCAUGACCAUCCUUUCACUGCCAGCACUGCUUCCAAACAGCCAGGAAUUGAGUUUUCAUUCUUCUGCAGCCGCAGUUGCUCAGCCAAACACAUGACUUUGGGUACAAGGGAGAAGAUAUGGCUGUUUGUUGCUGUGACAUGUUUGUUUCAGGGAGUUAUUUAUUCAGAAGAACUGAGAAGAAUGAGGAGAGCUGUGGAUCCUGAAGCCUUUAUGAGUAUUAAUGAGCUGAUUACUUACAAAGGGUACCCCAGCGAGGAGUAUGAAGUGAUGACGGAAGAUGGUUACACCAUUACCCUUAACAGAAUCCCUUAUGGUAUUCAGAAUCAAGGAAGCCCAGCUUCAAGACCUGUUGUGUUUCUCCAGCAUGGAUUAUUGGGAGAUGCUAGUAACUGGGUCACAAACCUGCCCAACAACAGCUUGGGCUUCCUACUAGCUGAUGCUGGAUUUGACGUUUGGAUGGGAAAUAGCAGAGGGAAUCGCUGGUCAAGAAAACAUCAAAAGUAUUCCAUUGAUCAAGAUGAAUUCUGGGCUUUCAGUUUUGAUGAGAUGGCGAAGUUUGAUCUUCCAGCAGCAAUAAAUUUCAUUUUGGAGGAAACAGGACAGGAAAAGUUGUACUAUAUUGGCUAUUCACAAGGUACUACCAUUGCUUUCAUUGCAUUUUCAACAAUGCCAGAGCUGGCUCAAAAAAUCAAACUCUACUUUGCAUUGGCGCCUGUCACUGCUAUUAAGUAUGCUAAAGGCCCAGCAACAAAACUCCUCUAUCUUCCUGAAAAAAUGCUCAGGGGUAUGCUUGGCAACAGAGAAUUCCUUCCCCAGACUGAGUGUCUAACAAGGAUAAUAGCCCCUGUCUGCAGCCACCGAGCUUUUGCCAGGCUUUGUAGAAGUGUCUUCUUCAAUCUGGGUGGCUGUAACCUGAAAAACAUUGAUGUGAACCGAAUCAACGUGUAUAUUGCCCAAACCUCUGCUGGAACUUCUGUGCAGAACAUAAUCCACUGGAGUCAGGAGGCCCGCUCGGGGAAGUUCCAAGCUUAUGACUGGGGCAGUUCAAAGAAGAACAUGGAAAAAUACCAACAGACUAUUCCUCCUCUCUACAACAUAGAAGAGAUGACUGUACCAACUGCUGUGUGGACUGGGGGACAAGACCUGCUUGCAGAUCCCAAGGAUGCAGCCAUUUUAUUGUCUAAAAUUAAGAAGCUUAUCUAUCACAAGAAGAUUCCUGAAUGGGCACACCUGGAUUUCAUCUGGGGAUUGGAUGCACCUUUGCAUGUGUACAAUGAAAUUAUUGAUCUGAUGCAGAAGUAUCCUUAACCCACAACCAGAUGCCUUACCUGACCCAUUCAACAGCACUUCGAUUCACUGGCUACAAAAAACCCCCUUCUGUUGCACCUGGAGUCAGGGAAAGGGUUCCUCCUGCACACUACAUGGCACUCCAAUGCCUCUUGCAUCCUGACAGUGCACUUCAUGUUUUCUGGCAACCUUGUGGAGCUCUAAUACUUUUCCAAAUAGAUACAUCUUCAAUUCUGCAAUAACUAUACUUUUCAAACAGAGGACAGGGUUUGCUUCCAGCCUACUCUCUUCUCUAGACUAUAACAGUAAUGAAAGCACUUCCUUUCUCUGGAUGCAUUCUGUGCUCCAUAGAUGUUUUCCAUUCUUCAUAUUAUUGCUCAGUUAAUUGGGCUGGCAGAUAUUUAAAGGCAUAGUGUAAUCAAAAUCUUAUUCUAACAAUU